CGGCCCCCCCAAACCGGAGGAGACAAAGUUCACGGAGAGGAGCUUAUAAGGAGGACCCGCUUUUUGGGAGACUCUCACGUCUCAGUCUUGACAUCGGAGGACAAAGAGGGACUUUUUCUUUUUUUUUUUCCAAUAAAAAAUAUCUAGCAAAGAAGACCCCCCCCCCCAAAAAAAAAACCAUUUAGAAAUUUCAAAGAGGCAGCAGAAUGGCUCAGAAGGAAAAGCUCCAAUGCCUGAAGGACUUCCACAAAGACACGCUCAAGCCGUCUCCUGGCAAGAGUCCCGGAACGCGGCCCGAAGACGAGGCCGAGGGCAAACACCCCCAGCGAGAGAAGUGGGCCAGCAAGCUGGACUUUGUUUUGUCGGUGGCUGGAGGAUUUGUCGGUUUAGGCAACGUCUGGCGCUUCCCAUACCUCUGCUACAAGAACGGCGGAGGCGCUUUCCUCAUCCCCUACUUCAUCUUCCUGUUUGGUGGAGGCCUGCCGGUCUUCUUCUUAGAGGUGGCGCUGGGCCAGUUCACCUCCGAGGGCGGCAUCACCUGCUGGGGGAAGCUGUGCCCCAUCUUCACGGGAAUCGGCUAUGCCUCCAUCGUCAUCGUGUCCCUGCUGAACAUCUACUACAUUGUCAUCCUGGCUUGGGGACUCUACUACCUAUUCCAGUGUUUCCAGCCCGAGUUGCCGUGGGCCAAGUGCAACCAGCCCUGGAACACGGAACGCUGCAUCGAGGACACCUACCGCAAGAACAAAAGCCUCUGGCUGCCUUCCAACUUCACCAACUUCACCUCCCCCGUCACCGAGUUCUGGGAACGCAAAGUUUUGGGCAUCAGCAGCGGCAUUGAGGACAUGGGCCCCAUCAAGUGGGACCUGGCUCUGUGUCUCCUGCUGGUCUGGGUCAUCUGCUUCUUCUGCAUCUGGAAGGGCGUCAAGUCCACCGGGAAGGUGGUGUACAUCACGGCCACCUUCCCGUUCGUCAUGCUCAUUGUUUUGUUGAUUCGUGGCGUCACCUUGCCCGGGGCCACUGAGGGCAUCAAGUUCUACCUGUACCCCGACCUCACCCGGCUCAAGGACCCCGAGGUGUGGAUCGACGCCGGCACCCAGAUCUUUUUCUCCUACGCUAUCUGUUUGGGCGCCAUGACGUCCCUUGGCAGUUACAACAAGUACAAAUACAACUGCUACAGGGACUGUUUGCUGCUGGGAGCCCUCAACAGUGGUACCAGUUUUGUGUCUGGCUUUGCAAUAUUUUCCGUCCUGGGCUUUAUGGCACAAGAGCAAGGUGUGGACAUUACGGACGUGGCAGAGUCAGGUCCCGGCUUGGCCUUCAUUGCCUACCCCAAAGCCGUAACCAUGAUGCCUUUCCCCACACUCUGGGCCAUCCUCUUCUUCAUCAUGCUCCUGCUGCUUGGCCUCGACAGUCAGUUUGUGGAGGUGGAAGGGCAGAUCACAUCACUGGUGGAUCUGUAUCCGUCCUUCCUACGGAAGGGUUACCGCAGAGAGGUCUUCAUCGCUAUCAUGUGCUGCAUCAGCUACCUGCUGGCACUCACCAUGGUCACCAAGGGUGGCAUGUACGUGUUCCAGCUGUUUGACUACUAUGCAGCCAGCGGCGUGUGCCUUCUGUGGGUGGCAUUCUUUGAAUGUGUCGCUGUUGCCUGGGUUUAUGGCGUUGAUAACUUUUACGAUGCUGUGGAGGACAUGAUCGGCUACAGACCCAACCCUUGGAUGAAGUGGAGCUGGUCUGUCAUCACUCCCUGCUUGUGCUUGAGCUGCUUCGUCUUCUCUCUGGUCAAAUACAAGCCGCUGACGUACAACAAACUGUACGAGUAUCCCGACUGGGCCAUCGGAGUGGGCUGGACCUUGGCCUUGGCCUCCAUGAUUUGCAUCCCCAUGGUGGUGGUCAUCAAGAUCAUACGAUCGGACGGCCCGCUCAUUGAGAGGAUCAAGGCGGUGGCCGCCCCGGUCCGAGGCGGCGCCAGUUCGCGCCCGGCAGACCACCGCAGCCCCCGGGAGCUGGGCUACCACGCCGACCCCAACGGGAACAAGGGACUGCUGAUGAAGGGCCCCAGCCACACCAUCGUAGAAACCAUGAUGUAAAAAAGAAAAGAAGAGCGCGGGAUGGAAAGUUCUCCAUGAGAUCGCUCUCCUCUCCCACCAGCCUCCCAAAUGCUUCUCUCUCCUCAAGCUAACGCUAGCUAGCCGCCUUCUGUUUUGUCGUCUGUCUGUCCGCCCGUUUCUCCGUCUGGUGGAAUGAGGGAAAAAAAGGAUUUGAAGGAAGAAAAUUAAAAAGUAGUUGCAAAUAUUUUAGGAACACUUCAUGAAGGAAGUUUCUUCCUCUUCCUCUGGACAAGAAGGCGACAUUGGAGUCUUGGAAUCAAAAGUUCAGAGUUGGACUGAAUCCCAAAAAGAAAGCCGAUUACGGCGGGAAUGUUUACGGCACGCAAAGUGUUUUAAGUGGCAACCAACUACACAA